AUGCACCAAACCACACUGUACCAUAUCACACUACACCACAUUGUACCACACCACACCACAACACCACAUCACUCUGUACCACACUAUAUCACGCAACACCACACCACUCUCCACCACACUUAUCUACACCACACUGCCUCACACCACUCCAUGCCCUUCCACAACACACCACACCACAAUGCACCACACCACACAACACUGCUUCACUCUGCACCACACAACACUGUAUCACACCACGCCAUACCACACUGCAUCACAGCACACCACAAUGCACCACACUGCACCACACCACACCACACUGCGUCACACCACACCACAUUCCAUCACACUACACCAUCCCACACCACACCAAAUCACACUUUACCACACCACACUGCACCGCAGCACACUACACUUCACCAACACACCACACCAGACCACACCACACCACACCACACCACACCACACUGUGUCACACCACAUCACAUCACACUACAGUACACCACGCCUCACCACAUCACACAACACCACACCACACUGCACAACAUCACACAACACCACAAUGUACUGCACAAACCACACCACACUGAGACCCAGUCACCCACCAGCAACACUGUUUGGGAUUACACAGGCCAACAAGCACAUCACACACCACAUCAACAGCCACCAAUAGUGGAUGGGAUUACACAGUCCAGCAAGCACAGCACACACCACACUGUCGUGGUCCAAGAUAUUGUAUGGAUUUGCACUGUGGCGGUCCUUCCUUGCACCACAGUGAUUGGAGAGAGUCUGCCCCGUCUGCUCCACCGCCGGGCCUCCCCUGAACAACUCGAAGCUGUCUCUUGUGGGGAGGAGUUGGAUGGAAAUGCAGGUUGCAGGAAGACACAUGUAAUAUGCCUAAGUAUCGGUACUCAGUGCUGCAUGAAGCCCCAAGCCGAUGCUCUCUUGUUAGCAGAGUGUGGUUAA